CCAGCGGAACCGGGAGGAUCCCCCCCUCCCCCGGUACGCACCCCUCCCCCUCGCCUGCUGGAUCCCCCCCAUCCCCGAGGAACUUUCAGCCCGGAGUAUAAGCGCGUUAAGGACCGAGGAGCGGACCGGACCGGCUGGCGACCGAACCUACACUUUGAAGCCCAGAAGGAGAUGAUGAAAUCGGCAGAGGAGGAUGCGUAUGGCUACACCCCCAAUGUCAGCCUUUCCCUGCCCCUGGGCAACCCUUGCUUGCCCCCCCAGUACCUGAGCCUCCAGUCCAGCCCAAUCAUCUCGGUCUCGGAGCCUCACGACUUUGAGGGCCACGACGACAUGAGCGUGGCCGCCGCUUACUACUCCUCCGGCGCCCGUCCGAACGGCGCCCCAACCCUGGAGAGUCCUCGCAUCGAGAUCACGGCCUACGGCCAGUUCCCCGAGGACCAGGUGGAGGAGGACAGAAGUCCCGUCACCAAGCGGGUCAACUCCAUCGUGACGCUGACCCUCCCCAACGCCGACGGCUACCGGGACCCCAGCUGCUUGAGUCCGGCCAGCAGUGUCUCGUCUCGCAGCUGCCACUCGGAGGCGUCGUCGUACGAGUCGGGCUUCUCGUACAACUGCGACAACUCGCCGCAGAACUCCCCCUGGCAGUCCCCCUCGGUGUCCCCAAAGGGCUCCACCCUGGCCCUUCCGGGUGACAGCUACGGUCCCGCCGGCUCGCCGCGACUCUCCCCUUCGACGUCUCCUCGCACCAGUCUGACGGAUGACGCCUUCAUCGGCCGCGGAGGCUCCAGGCCCAACUCCCCUUGUGGUGCGAAGAGGAAGUACAGCUUCAACAAGCACUACCAGCUGUCCCCCAACGCCUCCCCGGGGGUGUCCCCGCAGACCUCGCCCCGGCUCAGCGUCACCGAGGAGACGUGGCUGCCGAACACCAACCAGUACACCAAUUCGGCCAUCUUGGCGGCCAUCAAUGCCCUGAGCACGGACGGAGGGCCUGACCUGGGGGAGGGGAUACCCGUAAAGGCCCGCAGGACCAGCCUGGACCACAGCCCCACCGUCAGCCUCAAACUGGAAUCUCACUGCCUCGUUGCCGACGAUCACACCUCCAACCGCCUGAAGAAGGAGGCCUGUUGCGCGGGGUUCCUGGACGUCCCCCACCACCAGUACCCCUGGUCCAAGCCCAAGCAGUAUGUCAGCCCGUCCGUGCCGGCCCUCGACUGGCAGCUUCCGUCCAGCUCGGGACCCUACAGCCUGAAGAUCGAGGUGCAGCCCAAGUCCCACCACCGAGCCCACUACGAGACCGAGGGCAGCCGGGGGGCGGUGAAGGCUCUGGCGGGAGGACACCCCGUCGUCCAGGUGGGCCGCUUUGACUCUCUCUCAGCAACAUAG